AAUGCUUUGGCAGCAGCGACACGAAACUUUCUCGCCAAGGAUCUUGUUGUAGCCCUGUCCGUGUCUGUUUGUUUCUUCAUGACCGCCGCGUCCGGGAGCGAGUCGCCACCACUAUGCGAGCCCAAAUUGAAGUUAUACCAUGCAAAAUCUGUGGAGACAAGUCCUCGGGGAUCCAUUACGGGGUCAUCACAUGCGAGGGGUGUAAGGGCUUCUUCAGGAGGAGUCAACAGAACAACGCCUCAUACUCCUGCCCCCGCCAGCGCAACUGCCUGAUCGACAGGACCAACCGCAACCGCUGCCAGCACUGUAGGCUGCAGAAGUGUCUCGCUCUGGGCAUGUCCCGAGAUGCUGUGAAGUUCGGCCGCAUGUCCAAGAAGCAGCGCGACUCGCUCUACGCCGAAGUGCAGAAGCACCAGCAGCGGCUGCAGGAGCAGCGUCACCAGCAGACAGGCGACGCCGAGGCGCUCGCCCGUGUCUACUCCUCUGGCCUGCCGCCCAGCGCCCUCGGCGCCCUCAGCCAUGAGCUGGGCGCCGCCUACGCCAAUGGCCACGUCAUCGACAUGCCCAAGGGCCAGGCUGACGGCGCCGGCACCGGCUACUACGGAGUGGACUCCACGCAGGCCAGCCCGGACCAGUCGGGCCUGGACAUUUCCGGCAUGAAGCAGAUCAAACAGGAGCCUGUCUACGAUCUGACACCUGUGCCCAACCUCUUCCCCUACAGCUCGUACCAGGACAGCCAGCUAGCGCCUGGGGCAGCCAUGGGGGAGCUAGACCGGAUCGCCCAGAACAUCAUCAAGUCUCACCUGGAGACAUGCCAGUACACAGUGGAAGAGCUGCAGCAGCUCGCCUGGCAGACGCACUCGUACGAGGAGGUGAAGAUGUACCAGAGCAAGUCGCGGGAGGUGCUGUGGCAGCAGUGUGCGAUCCAGAUAACCCAUGCCAUUCAGUACGUGGUGGAGUUUGCCAAGCGUAUCACCGGGUUCAUGGAACUCUGCCAGAACGACCAGAUACUGCUGCUCAAAUCAGGUUGUCUGGAAGUGGUGCUGGUGAGAAUGUGCAGGGCGUUCAACCCCCUCAACAACACGGUCCUGUUCGAGGGGAAAUACGGCGGCAUGCAGAUGUUCAGAGCCCUCGGCUGCGAUGACCUCGUCGGUGCCGUGUUCGACUUUGCCAAGAGUCUGUGCGCGCUGCAGCUGACGGAAGAAGAAAUAGCCCUGUUCUCCGCGGCCGUUCUCGUUUCCACAGAUCGUCCAUGGCUAAUGGAACCCAGGAAAGUCCAGAAGCUUCAGGAGAAAAUCUACUUCGCCCUCCAGCACAUUAUGCAGAAGAACCACAUGGAUGAGGAUGCAUUGGCUAAACUGAUUGGUCGAAUCCCCACACUGGCGGCGCUGUGCACUCUGCACACGGAGGAGCUUCAAGCCUUCCAGCAGUUACACCCUGAAACCGUCAGCGUGCUCUUUCCGCCACUUUACAAGGAGCUGUUCAACCCUGAUGCUGUCAACAUCACUCCCAAGUGA